AUGUUCAUGCUCUCCUGGGGUGCCGAUGCGACGGAUCACGUGCCUGACUACCCUCUCAUCCACUUUGCGCCGCCACUGCGACGACUGCUUAGUCCGCAGAGCUCUUCGGACGAGUUCAGUACCAGCAACGGCGCCAGCAGUAGGAUGAGCAGCAGUAUCAGUAGCACAGCGUCGUUAUCAAUGUCGUCGAUUGUUGGCGGCCGUCACCGACGCUCCAAUGCUGCCUUCUGUACCGUUACACCGCGCGUGCACGUGAAAUGUCGUAGAACGAAGCCGAUCACGCGGCGCUGUCUACCACAAUGCGCUCAUGGCGCCACAAGCAGUUUCAGCUAUCUCUGCUUUGCUGGCGAUCCAACACAGGGCACGGAUGCAAAGAGCGCAGACGUCUCAGCUAGUUGGGCUGCUGCAAUCAAGCAAGCUCUGAUGCCAGUCACACCGCAAACCAGUACAUCUAGCGCGCCGAACCCGACUGCUGAAACCGAUAGCCAACAACAGCAGCAAAAGCUCAGCGUACCACCCCAAGGUGAAACCGGACAGCUGGGUGUACAGCUGCGAAGCGAGCAGGAUUUUUCUCAGCUGUAUCAAAUUUUCGCCGACGAAGUUCUUGGCUCCGGGCAAUUCGGAACCGUUUAUGGCGGAGUUCAUCGAAAAACGGGAAAACAUGUAGCGGUGAAACUGAUUGAUAAAAUGAAAUUUCCGAGUAACAAAGAAGCAGCGCUGAGAACCGAAGUCGAUAUUUUAAGGAAAGUUCGACACCCAGGAGUGGUCGCAUUCCAGGAAAUGCUCGAAACCUCGGACCGAAUAUUUGUAGUGAUGGAGAAGCUCAAAGGCGAUAUGCUAGAGAUGAUUUUGAGCAGCGAGAAAGGAAGGUUGUCUGAACGGAUUACACAAUUUCUUGUUUAUCAGAUACUUAUUGCCCUCCGUUAUCUGCACAGUUUGAACAUCGUGCAUUGUGAUCUUAAACCUGAAAAUAUUUUGCUCGCUUCCGAUUCUGAUUUCCCGCAGGUGAAACUUUGUGAUUUUGGUUUUGCGCGGAUCAUUGGUGAACGCGGAUUUAGACGGUCAGUUGUUGGCACACCUGCCUAUCUUGCUCCGGAAGUCCUGCGUAACAGAGGUUUCAAUCGAUCGCUUGACAUGUGGUCUGUUGGCGUUAUUGUGUACGUCAGCUUGUCAGGAACGUUUCCUUUUAAUGAAGAUGAAGACAUCAAUGACCAGAUCGAAAACGCUGAUUUUAUGUAUCCCGCAAAUCCGUGGCAAGAAGUAACAGCAACAGCAAUCGACUUCAUCAGCGGUUUACUGCAAGUUAAAAUGAGUAGGCGGCUGACGGUACUAAAAGCGUUGAGUCAUAACUGGUUACAGGUUAGUCAAUCUAGGAGUCGCAAAACCUUGUAA